CAAUCAAGCAAGUUUAGUGCAAACAUGAAAGUGCUUGUACUGUUUUCGUCCAUCCUUCUCUGGGGGCUUACUACAGCACAGGACGCAGACCCUACAGAUCUGGAACCUCUGGACAAGAUUGAUGAGAAGGAAUUUGAAGAAUUUUACCAUCUUGCUCCAGUAGAUUCUGCAGAAUAUGAACGAAGAAAUAAAGCUCUGGAAGAGAAUGAGAAGGAAAUAAGAAAGAUCAAUGAAGAAUACGCUGCUGGAGAGAUCACCUGGUUUGAUGCCUUGAACGAGUUCUCCGAUCUUCCAGAAGAUGAGUUUGAACAUGAGAGAACAGGAUCUCUGGACGGAUCACAGUUUGGACGAGGACUUCUAGAACCUUCUCCCGAGUACAGGGUUGACAACCAAUCUGAAAUAUACUUUGCUAAACUCAGAUUAGACAGGGCUUCAGUUCCUGCUGCCUACGACUCUAAAGCUCUGGGUCAUGUAUCUCCUGUAAAGAACCAGCUGAAGUGUGGAUCCUGUGUUGCUUUCUCCAAUAUGGGAGCUGUAGAAGUCUGUAUUAAGAAAGCAGCUGGAGCUAUCGGAGAUUACUCUGAACAGCAGUUUUUAGAUUGCGGUUAUGACAAUGAAAACGCUUUUGGUUGUGAUGGAGCUGCUCCUCAUGCUUACCUCAAGUGGGCUUCAGAUAAAAAGAUUGAUUUGGCUCAUGAGUCCCAGUAUCCAUACCUAGCAGAGAAAUCUUCACUCGUCUGCCCUGCAAACCUUCCUUCUUAUAAUCUAGGAGCAAAAAUAUCUGGCUCUGUGUACACAUACUCUGGAGACGAGGAACUAUUGAAGCAGUUGGUUUAUAAACACGGAUCAGUUGUAGCUAGCGUUAUGUCUACAGGUCCAUUCUCAGAUUACAAGGGAGGAAUCUUUGCUGGAUGUCCUGCCGGAGAAACUAAAACCGAUCAUGCAAUCCUUGUGGUCGGAUACGGAUCUGAGAACGGGUUGGACUACUGGUUGAUCAAGAACAGCUGGGGACCAGACUGGGGAGAGGGAGGAUAUAUCAGGAUGCAACGAGGAGUGUCUAUGUGUGGGAUUGGAAAAUCUCUGGCUGCUGUGUCUUGUGAGAAAACCAGCGGAGCUACAGAUGCUCCUCUAACCACCAAGAAACCUUGUCUGAACAAGUAUUCAAACUGCAAGGAUUUGGCGAUUGGAUACUGUUGGCAACCAUCCAUUGCUCAGGAUUGUGCUGAAGCUUGUGGAUUGUGUGAUGGUAUGACUCCAGUAGCCUCCUAUACCUGCUACGACAAGUACACAAACUGCCCAGAUCUCACUAAUUAUUGCAACCAGGAUAACAUUGGACUAAGCUGCAAGAAAUCUUGUGGAACGUGUUUUGCUUCCGCCGGUUAAGGAAAGAA